ACCCUUCUUCCAUCUCCAAUGGCUUUAAAAUCGCCUCUUCUCCUCCUUUUGCUCUUCUCUCUGAAGCUCAUACAUUACUCAAAGCCACAGACUGAUUACUUGCGCAGCAAGGCAACUUCUAUAUCUGGUCUAGGUUACUUGCAUUCCAAGGCAACUCCUGCAACUAUUAUCUCACGCGUCACUCCUUUCCCCAACCAGUCAGCGUUCUUGGCGAAUAUCUCCGUAGGCGAUCCACCGAUCUCGCAGUUACUGCUUGUCGACACUGGCAGCGAUCUCACGUGGAUUCAGUGCCUUCCCUGCAAAUGUUACCCUCAGACCAUUCCCUUCUUCAACCCUUCCAACUCUUUAACUUACCGAAAUUCUUCCUGCGAAUCUGCACCUCACGCCAUGCCGCAACUGGUUUAUGACCCUGAAGCCGAAAUUUGCAGAUACUAUCUUGAAUACCAAGACCAGACAAGUACAGGAGGCGUUCUUGCCAUGGAGAAACUGACAUUCCGUACGGCUGACGGUGGGUUAGCCUCGAUACCAGACGUGGUUUUCGGUUGUGGGCAUGACAACUCCGGUUCUUACAACUUGUACAGCGGCGUGCUCGGUUUAGGACCAGGUAGAUUCUCUGUAGUCAAGAAGUUUGGUUCGAGAUUCUCCUAUUGUUUUGGAACCCUAACCGAUCUGAACUACCAUCACAACAUCUUGAUCCUCGGGGAAGGCGCGGUAAUGGAUGGGGAUCCGACCCCUUUAGAGAUAUUCGAAGAUCGUUACUACCUUAACCUCCAAGCAAUCAGCGUCGGAGAAAAACAACUUGAGAUGGAUCCCGACGUUUUCGAAAGAACCCGUUUCGGUUCAGGUACAGUCAUCGAUACGGGAUGCUCGGUGACGAUUCUGGUAAGAGAAGCAUACGAAACCCUAGCUCGAGAAAUCGAUUUCCUUCUAAACGAGAUACUCGAGCGAUCUGAUGAGUGGGACACGUAUUUGAAUCCGUGCUACAGAGGGAAGGUUGAACGCGAUCUGGUAGGGUUUCCGGUCGUGACGUUGCAUUUUGCGCAAGGAGCGGAUUUAGCAUUGGAUACGGGAAGCUUGUUCGUCAACAAUGGCGGCGAUGAAUUCUGCAUGGCUGUGAGUGUUAAUAUGCACGACGAUAUGAGCGUUAUAGGCGCUUCAGCUCAGCAGAGUUAUAACGUCGGUUUCGAUCUUAAAGCUAUGGAGGUUUAUUUCCAGAGGAUAGAUUGCGAGCUCCUCGACCAUUGA